AUGGGUACGAAAUUUGCACCGAGUUAUGCGAACCUGUUUAUGGCACAGUGGGAAGAGGAUUUUAUUUGGAGAAAUAACCACCUACUGGAGCACACAGAACUAUGGAAACGCUAUAUCGACGACAUCAUCGUCAUCUGGAAAGAAACAUUAAAUGAACUUACAGAAUUCACGAACUACAUAAAUACCAACAAUCUAAAUCUCGAAUUCACACAGACACACAGUAAUGAAGCCAUCAACUUUUUAGACUUAACCAUCUACAUUGAGGAUGACGAGAUCCACACUAAAACAUACAUUAAGUCUGUGGACUGCAACAACUACAUACCAGGCACCAGUAACCAUCACAACAACUGGCUGAAGGGAAUCCCGGGAGGACAGUUCAAAAGGAUCAAAAGAAACUGCUCGAAUAACGAAACCUUUGAAGAACAAACUAAGACCCUACAAGAAAAAUUCCUAGUCAGAAACUACAAUAAAAACAUUGUUCAAAAAUCCAUAGAGGCAGCAAGAGAGACAAAAAGAGAAGAUCUACUCAAAUACAAGGAUAAAAACUCAGAGGAACAGAGGGAAAUAACCUUCAUCACCAAUUACAACAGCCAAUACAGAACUCUGGAGAGAAUACUCAGGAAGAACUGGUCCAUACUCAGAAGAGAUGAAGAAAUCCAAGAGUUGAUGCACCACAAGGCUGUGAAUUUGACAAAUAUCAAGUUAAAUCACAGUCAAGAGUUUGUUCAAAUCCCGCUUGGCCAAACAACGGCACCUGAACAUAUUUGGAAAACCAGGCGAGGGUGUCUUUCUGGACGUAUUGUUGCACUGAAGUGCUCUGAAUGUGGAUCUCGUUCCAAAUCUUCCAGAAUUAUUGGGGGAAGUGAUGUAACCUUGGGUCGUUGGCCGUGGCAAGUCAGCCUGUACCUUAACAAUAAGCACGUCUGCGGUGGCUCCAUCGUGGCACAUCAAUGGAUCAUAACCGCUGCACACUGUGUACACAAUUACAGGUCUCCUCAACUGUCUAGCUGGUCCGUCCUUUCCGGCAUUGUUAGUCACUCCCCAGUGAGGCUGAAAACAUCAGCGGUGGAGAAAAUCAUUUAUCACCAGAAGUAUGAUGACAGAAGUCAUGACUAUGACAUUGCACUGAUGAAGCUGGAGAAGCCCUUAAAUUAUUCGGAUAGCAUACGACCAGUGUGUCUUCCACAGUAUGACCAGGACCUCCCUGCAGGCUCUGAAUGUUGGAUCUCAGGUUGGGGCCAUACUCAGCCAGACAACACACACAUGCCCCACAGUCUGAAGGAAGCCAUGGUUCCCUUAAUUAGCACUAAGAAAUGCAAUAGUUCCUGUAUAUAUGAUGGUGACAUCACUCCCAGAAUGCUCUGCGCUGGAUUCCUAGAUGGAAAGGUUGAUGCUUGUCAGCAGAUGACUUAA